UACCCCGUGUGCAGAGGGCUGCUGGGACUUGGGCGCUUCCCCUCCCUGCCGCCAGCAUGCAGGAAGCCGCUGGAGUGCUGAAGGAGGGCUUCCUCGUCAAACGGGGACAUAUUGUUCAUAACUGGAAAGUGAGAUGGUUUGUUCUGCUUCAGGAUAAGCUGCUGUAUUACAAAAUUGAAGGAGGCAAGAAGGAGCCUUCUCCAAAGGGCAGGAUCCUUUUGGAUGGUUGCACUAUUACUUGUCCGUGCCUGGAAUAUGAGAACAGACCGCUACUCAUCAAACUAAAGACAAAAACCAAUACAGACUAUUUCCUCGAAUGUUGCUCCAGGGAGGAGCGAGACUCUUGGGCUUUGGACAUCACUGGAGCUAUUCAUGCUGGUCACCCAGUACAGGUACAAGAGCUUCACAGAAUGAAGAACUCUUUCAAACUGCUAGGGAAUAUCAGCCUUCACCACAUAGUGGAGAGAAUGUGUGACAGCAGUACUGGAAUUAAACUGACUCACAACUUGGAGCAAGGCAACAAAUACAAAGAGACCUUCACAGGUUCUGCUCUGGUAGAUUGGCUCAUCUCCAAUGGCUUUGCUGUGUCACGAUUCGAAGCCAUCACUUUGGCAUCCAUGCUGAUGGAGGAGAACUUCAUCAAGCCGGUGGGAGCCCGCAGCAUCGAGGCCACGCGCUACAGUGACCUCUCUGAGCAGUUCCUUGACGACUCCACUGCACUCUACAUGUGUGCUGAGAGCAGUAAGAAAAGUACCAGUUCCAAGGAAGGGCUACAAUUUAACAUCUCUGAAUUAAGCGGCACAAUUGUGAAGCAAGGAUUCUUAGUGAAACAGGGCCACAAGAGGAAAAACUGGAAGGUGAGGAGAUUUGUGUUGAGAGCUGAUCCUGCUUUUUUGCACUACUAUGACCCCACUAAGGAAGAAAACAGGCCGGUAGGUGGAUUUUCCCUUCGAGGCUGUCUUGUCUCAGCUCUGGAGGACAAUGGAGUCCCAGCAGGGGUGAAGGGCAAUGUGCAAGGCAACCUCUUCAAAAUCAUCACCAAAAAUGACAUUCAUUAUUAUAUCCAGGCCAGCUCCAAGGCAGAGCGAGCACAGUGGAUUGAGGCAAUCAAACCACUGACAUGAGUAAGGUGGACUCUGUGUCAAAUGACAAGUCAUGUUUGUGGCCAAGUUUCCUGCUCUCAUUGUCCAAGACUGUUGUUUUUCCCUUAGAUAGUCUAUUUUUGUUAUUUGUAUCACCACAGGACCCAGCAGUUUCUAGCAGACCAGCAUCCUAGGUGCUCAGGAGUCAUACAGAUCUGGAAUAAUUCCCCACCAAGAGCUCAUUAUCUAACCUAAAGACAAAAGACAACGGGUGGAUACAGGCAAACAGGACUUUACAAACAGUGAGAGAUAAUAUUCCAAGAUGGAAGAACAAGUAUUCAGUCUAUACCUGGCAGAUCCGGGUUGUGCUUUAUCCUAAAGCAGAAAUGACUUGCUCCUUUCCCUUUUAAAAAGGGCCUCAUAAACUUAAUUAGUUAAGACUGACUGAAUCGAAGUCAUGAAAGGUCCUGGUGUUUGAAGCUACCUUUCUUGGUGUCCCAAGGUGUCUUGGUGUCCCCAGUCCAACUGCCAGGAUGAUUGCUAUUGGGAAAAAACAGAGGUCUGUCUGUCCAUCUAUUUGCGCUACCAUUUGGUUCUGUUUGCCUGGAAAAGACUUCUUUCCAGUAUAGAGAUUAUCCUUGUGCUGGUAAUGGCCCAUAGCAGCACAGGAUCCAUUCUCAGACCAAUAACAAGUUAUUCCAGGCAGUCGUUGAUGCUGAAUAUAUUGGAAGAAAUCACUCAGACAUGAAAGCAAGGUUUUUCCUCCUAAUUAUCACCAUAAGUCAAAUUACAUGGAGCACCACUGCGACUGAGAACUCUAAUAGCACUGCUGACUAUUGGUUUUUCUAUUUUAAGCCAUUAUAUUUUCUAUUAUUU